UACACACACAGUCCCAAGCUCUCCUGCAGAUGAGUUUAUCUGUGUCUUUGACACGAGCAGACAGAAAAUAAAGGGAACAGUCAACAUUUUGGGAUCUUUGGAUUGUAAAGAUAUUAUGGGUCGAAGAGGCUGGAGUUUGUGGACUCAAACAUCUGUUCUUCUGUGUUUCUGUCUGUUGCAGGCACAGACUUUUACCCUCAUGAAAACCAACCUCUGUAAGUGGUGUGACCACUCGAGUCCUGUAUGCGAAGACAACGUAUGCAUGAGCAACUGCAGUCUGACCUCUUACUGUACUCUGGCUGAAGAAGUGUGUGUAGCAGUAUGGAAGAAGGACAAUGUGAGUGUGAGCGUGCGGACACUGUGUUAUAACCCACAGGAUAUGUUGGAGAACAUAGUGCUGGCCAACUACUCCUCCAAAGAGUGUUUGAUGACACCUCAGCCCUCUGAGGAUGGCCUGCUCUUCAUCUGCGGCUGUAUUGGAGAUCACGAGUGCAAUGACAAACUCAUCUUUGACAAAGGAGCCAAUGGAUUCUCAAGACUGAAGUCAAAAGAUGUCAUCCCAGUGGUAGUCAUAAGCCUGGUUCCACCAAUCCUGGUGGCUGUCAUUGCUACGAUGGCCUUUUACCUCUACCGUAUACGUCAGCCUGGCAAACAACCCAAAGACUGGGCACCAAGGCGCACCCAAUAUCAGUCUCUAGAUCCAGCAGAGGGUUGUGCUGGCCAAGCAAAUGGAAGCGAUUACCAUGGCAAGCUGCCGUCCCUCAGCGAUGAUGCCAGUUCAAAAAUAUCAUCAACUUGUGCCAAUAACCUCAACCACAACACGGAGCAGUUACCCAUCCAGUUAGAGGCGCUGGUGGGUAAGGGGCGCUUCGCUGAGGUGUGGCGGGCACGGCUUAGCCAUAAUGAGGGUGGGCAGUAUGAAACGGUAGCUGUGAAGAUCUUCCCCGCAGUGGAAUAUACCUCAUGGCGGAAUGAAAGAGCAAUAUUCUCAGACGCCAACUUAAAACACGAGAAUGUGGUGCAGUUAUUGACAGCUGAGGAGCGAGGUGGUACUGCUGGCACCCCCCAGAGGCAAUACUGGCUCAUUAUGGCCUAUUAUAGUCUGGGGAACCUCCAGGAGUUUCUGGCUAGUCAUAUCCUCACAUGGGCUGAACUGUGCUCACUAGCAGGCUCUGUGGCAAGAGGCCUGGCACACCUGCACAGCGACACCACGCCCUGUGGCAUGCCAAAGGUGCCCAUUGCCCAUAGAGAUCUGAAGAGCAGCAACAUUGUGUUGAAGAGCCCUAGUGAGUGCGUGCUCUGUGAUUUCGGACUGGCUCUGCGACUCGACCUCUCCCUCACUGUAGAUGAUUUUGCCAACAGUGGGCAGGUGGGGACAGCACGCUACAUGGCCCCUGAAGUUCUUGAGUCCAGAGUGAAUCUAGAAGAUUUGGAGUCCUUUAAACAGAUGGAUGUCUACUCCAUGGCCCUUGUGUUGUGGGAAAUGGUCUCUAGGUGUGAUGUCAUAGGAGACGUAAAGAGUUAUGAGCCCCCAUUUGGCUCCAAGGUGUGUGAGCAGCCAUGUGUAGACAGCAUGAGAGACCUGGUGUUAAGAGACAGAGGAAGACCAGACAUCCCAGUGAGCUGGACAACACAUCCAGGCAUGCAGCUGUUGUGUUCGACUAUAACUGAGUGCUGGGAUCAUGACCCGGAGGCUCGUUUGACGGCACACUGUGUGGUAGAGCGCUUUAAUACUCUGGCACAGGAAGAGCUGGAGAACUCUAUCUCCACCCACACACCCAUACUGCCCUCCACUGAGCAGCAAACUCCAUCCCUCCUCCCCUCUCCUCUGCCCUGCAUUGACCACAGCACUGGCAUCCAUAACCCCAUUACAGCUGAUACGUAGAUUACUGCUUCCUCCAGGCAACAGUCAAAUGUGACCUGCCUGAAAAAUCAGACUUGAUUUUGUAAUACCUAUUAGUUUAUUAUGUGGAGCUGGUCUCCGUUUUUCCUUAAAUGCUUUACAGGCGUACAAAAGAGGGUUUCUGUGCCAUUAUAUCCUCGUUUUCUUGUAUGCUGUUGCAGAGGAUGCUGUCAGGGGUGGAACAUUUCUCUGUUAGACUGCAUUGUGCCUGCAUUGUGCCCGUAAUGCAACAAAAGUUGUAGUAAGUGUAGUGAUUGUAGGAGGGAAGAUGGUGAGAGUAUUUGGCAGAAGGCUCCUUACUGUGCAAAUUGUGCCAUUUUUACGAACUAAAAUGUUUUUUCAAAAAAUGUUUACCACACUAUUUUCUCAUUUGAAAUUUUCCAUUCCUCUUUCUGAGACACUCAUUUUUAACAUCCACAUAUGAUCCUCCCAUAAUCUCGGCUUUGCUGUGCCUUCAAUAUGAUUAACCACAGACCUGCAGCUGAAAUUACGAGUCAAAAGGACAAAGCAGUAACCGGAAAUAACUGCUGUUUUUGGAUGUAAAAAAAAGUCCAGUUUUACUGUACUGCUCAUACAGUUUUAGAAACUUCAAUAAGUCUGAUAUUAUUGUUCCCUUUGCUUAAAUGAGUUCAUUUGCACUGACCCUUUUAACCAUUGACCGGAUUAUUUAAACGGCAUCCAGAUAAAUUUUUUUCAUCAACAAUGACGUCUGGUCAAAAAGACUCACCUCAGAAGUUGUAAAACAUCCUGUUAAUUCCAGACUUUGAUCAUAAUCAGUUAACUUACCCAAAUUAAAAAAAAUAAAAUAAAAAAAAAGAACCUUUAAAAGACUCACUUCUUAAGGUUAACAAGAUUCAAUAAGCCAGUGAUUUGUUCAUUACUGCAGCGAGCUCAGGUCACAGACAAAGACUAAUUGAGAAAAGCAUGACACUGAAUUCACCCUUUGCCAAACUAUGCCGGCUCUGGGUAUACUGUGUCACCCCACCCCAUAGGUUUUGGAUGCUGUAAACCAAUCCAAACACAGGACUUCCAUAGACUUGCAUUAGAACUUUGUCUGAUAAAUUGGUGGACGCCAACAGUACCAAAGGUAUGACUGGCUAGUAAAAAUUUUUAAGGCAGGGCUUAGCAAAAAGUAAAAGUCUUUUCUCUAAACAGCUCAAAAUUACACUGCAGCUAAACAUUUUUUAGCAAUCUGAGGUUCACCCAAAUUCUUCAGAGCUAGUUUGAGGGACAUGGAAAAUUCAUACCAGAUUGCGCACUGGAAAAAGAACUGAUGGAGAUCUGUGCAAAUGUCAACAUGAAAAUAUGGCAACCUGUUAUGUUUUUCCAGUACUGAGGAUGGAGCAAACAAAGUGUGUUGAGUCAUUUUGCUCAUUCCUGUUGUGAACUGGUUUUGCAAUUGUACAAUAAGAAGUACAUAUAUAAUUGAUGCAUAUUGUAACAUGUCAACAUCAAGAUUUUAGGUAAAAAUGUAUAUGAAUAUUAAACAUUUGGUUUUCACCA